CGCCUCUGCGGAAGGCGCUGCGCUGGCCUCCUCGCACUUCCUCUCCGGGAGUCCGUGCAGGGAGCACCCGCUCCAGGAGCUCCAGGACGCCGAGGCCCUGCCCUGGUCAGACAGCGCAGAGAUGUCCGAGCAAAGUAAGGACCUGAGCGACCCCAACUUUGCAGGCGAGGCCCCCAGCCCCGGGGCGCACACCAGCCCCGGGGAGCCGGUGGGGGUCCCUCUGCCAGCUUCUCCGGCCGCUCCCCUCGCCCAGCCCCCCAGCCCCCCCGCAGGCCCGAGCGCUUCGCCGUCGCCCCGGGACGAGAUGGAGGAAGUGGACCCGAAGAUCCUGCGGCAGGCCGCCGAGGAAGGCCUGGUCUACCAUCCCCUGAGUGCGCCCCAGCCGGGCCCCGCGCCGCCCGCCCCGGCCCAGCUGGUGCAGAAGGCGCACGAGCUCAUGUGGUACGUGCUGGUCAAGGACCAGAACAAGGUGGUCAUCUGGUUUCCAGACAUGGUGAAGGAUGUCAUCGGCAGCUACAAGAAAUGGUGCAGAAGCAUCCUCAGGCGCACCAGCCUCAUCCUCGCCAGAGUUUUCGGGCUGCACCUGAGGCUGAUCAGCCUGCACACCAUGGAGUUUGCACUGGUCAAAGCCCUCAGCCCAGAGGAACUGGACAGGGUGGCGCUCAACAACCGCAUGCCCAUGACAGGCCUGCUGCUCAUGAUCCUGAGCCUCAUCUACGUGAAGGGCAGAGGUGCCAGGGAGAGUGCCGUCUGGAACGUGCUGCGCAUCCUGGGGCUUCGGCCCUGGAAGAAGCACUCCACCUUCGGGGACGUGAGGAAGCUCAUCACCGAGGAGUUCGUCCAGCAGAAGUACCUGAAGUACCAGCGCAUCCCCUACACGGAGCCCCCUGAGUACGAGUUCUUCUGGGGAUCCAGAGCCAGCCAGGAGAUCACCAAGAUGCAAAUCAUGCAGUUCCUAGCCAGGGUCUUUAAGAAAGACCCCCAGGCCUGGCCUUCCCGGUACAGAGAAGCUCUGGAGGAGGCCAGAGCCCUGCAGGAGGCGAAUGCCCCUGUCCACUGCCCCCGCAGCAGUGUCUCUGAGGACUAGGGAGGUCUGGAGGCAGAUUCAAGGUGUCUGACCCUCACCAGUGCUGUGAAAGGGUGGGGUGGAUCCUUAGCCUAUUCAGAAUUCACAGUGCAGUAUUUCAUGUGUAACUUUUAAGUUUUCAGUACCACGCUUUUAUACCUUUACUGCAAUGUUGUAUUCAUUUGGGUACGGUUGAGUAGUGUUUAGGAUUUAUGCAUGUUUGUUUAUAAGUAAGUUCAGUUGGUGCUUUGGCUUUUGUGCUUUCUUGGAUUUCUUUUGUAUCAGAAAUGUGCUAAACUUAUGAAGUACAUUGUAAACUUUAUCAUCUUAUUCUUUGUAUGGGACCCAUGAUGUGUGUUGGGAUAGACUGUUCCUGGAACUUGGGAAGAACUCACAGGAAAGCUGGCCUGACCACGAGAAGAGUGAGGCCCCUCCUGCUCAGUGACCUGGCUGGGCACAGGAAAUAGCCAUGCGGAGUGAACUGAUUUGGACUGCAACGGUCUCCCUGUGGGCACUUGGCACACCUCGCUACACAUGUACAACCCCACCAUGAAUAAACUUUAAACAUUAAAGAUUCUUGUGAUACAAUCA